AUGGAUCAACAAAAGAGAUUAUCCCAACUUGAAAAUGAUAGAAAAGUCUUGUUAGAUUUCAUCUAUUCGCAGUUCUCACAUGCAAUUCCUCAGAAUUUCAAUACUGCUCAACAUUCUAAUAUAGAUGUUAAUGAAUUGGUUAGAUCUUUGAAAUUGGUACUUUCACCAAAACAGUUGUCACCUCCUACUUCAUCAACAACAUCAUCAGAUACUACACCUUCUACAAUAAAUAAUAAUAACAAUAAUAAUGCAAGCAAUAGUAAAGGUUCAUCACCUCCUCUAAACUCAAAUAUUGGAACUAUUGGAAUUGUUCCAGCACAUGUACAAGGUGCACAUCAAAAUCUUAUGAGUCCAACUACCAUAAGAAUACAACAACAGCAACAACAACAACAAUAUCAACAACCUUUACCAGCAACACCAACAGCAACACUCAUUCCAUCAUUUACAUCACCACCUGCAGGUGCAGCAAAUCCAUCCUCAUCUGCAUCUGGUUCAAUAAACUUUGCUGAAAUGCAUCAGCAACACAGUCCAAAGAAUCAAUCUUCAUCUCAUCAAAAUCAACCAUUACCACAACAACUUCAACUUCAACAACAACAACAACCACCACCUCAACAAUCACAACAAUCACACUCACCACAACAUCAACAACCAUCACCAAAUAUAGUUGUACCAGAGGAAUAUGGUAAUUUGAACAAAGAACAAUUUCAUUUCUCGAGCUACGAGACUUAUUUAUUGGUCAAUCAUUUCGCACGACCACACGGACAGCCUGGAAACUACGAACAAGAAGAUAGUUUUAGAAUUCAAAUGGAAAUGUCGAGAGUGAAACAUGAAGCAUACUUGCUAAUGCUUUCACCACCAUCUAAUGCCAGUUCACCACCACCUCAUUUCCAUUCGGUGACCUAUCGUCUUUGGCUACUACGAUUCUUUGACAUGAAGAGGUUCGACACAUUCGACUCGAUGAUAAUUUGGUUCCGCCGACAACUCUACACGGUGAUGUCAUCCAUUCAGAAUAUGUUGCGCGAUCCAUUCGAUGAUAAAUCACCACCGUCUUCGAUGCUCGUAGUGUUCCGACAACUCUGUUACUCGCUGGAGAACUACAUCCUCGCAAUCAAUCCGUCAGCCACCACCGACAUUGAGUAUCAACGGUUGCUCGGUGAGAUCGACAGGUUUCUAGCGCCGAUUUGGCUACUGAAAAUGCUGAGUGAUAUCCACACCCAUAAAUCGGAACACAUAGCGAUGGACAUUGAAAUAGCGUGCUCCGUGUAUAUUCAAUCGCGACAGAUGUGGACAAUGCUGUCAUCGUCGUCCGCCAACGGCAAUGCAAGCAAUGCCGGCAACAAACCAUCGGAAUCAAACUUUACAAGUUUCAUUGUUUCCUCAGUUUCCUGUCAUUACAGUCGUAUCUCUAAGCCAUUCCGUCCGCUGACACUCGAUAACUUUUCAGAGUUUAUCGAAGCGCUGAUGCCAGAGAUUACAUUGGAUUUGAAAGUAUACUCCAAAGGAUUCAUUAGAUAUCACUCAUCGGCAUUGGCAAUUGCACUUCAAGAGUUCUGCAAUCUCUACACACAAGAUCUAGGUGUAGUUUUCGACGAUGUCUAUUUCCUCUCACCAAUGGUACUACAAUCGGUUCAAACAGCCUCUAAAUUCCAGAUAUUCCUACAGGAUCUACAUCUCUUGCCACCCGAGAAACUUCCAGCCGUUACAAAACAUGUUAGUAGCGUUGUUUCUGCAUGGUGUCAAAAUCAAGAGAAAUUCUUUAACAAAUGGUUUGAAAAUCUAUUCCAAGUCGAUAAAUUUCAACCAUUAGAUAAAACAAUCAAACAUUCAUCAUCGGUUGUAGAUUUAUUCCAAAUGUUUUAUCAAGCAAUUAAUACACUGAGUAAAAUGAAAGGAUCGCUAUCUACUAGUUUUCCAGGUUUCAUUGUUACACUUUCGAAUAUGUUUAACAAGUUCCUCAUUAUGUAUAAUCAAACGAUUGCCGAAUUCACUCUGUGUGCACAACGUCAGAGUCUGAUGCCGCUAUCGCUGAACGAGAAGAUCAAGAAGGGUAUCAGAAAGAGUUUGAGUCAGAGUAUUAAUUCUAUUCAUGUAAAUGCACCAGGUAGCGCCAGUAAGGAACCACCUCCUCCAACGAUGAUUGAACGCGCUCAAAAACAAACGAUACAAACACUCUGUGUAUGUCUCAACAACUUGGAUUUCAUACAGUCCAACGUUGUCGAGUAUAUCGAACAUCAUAGCUACAACAUCGCAGACCUGAAGAAACAACUUUCCGAUCUAUUCAUCCCUGUACAAUCAUCGAUUAGAUCGACAUCGAUAGCACUCAUCGAUUACAUCGGUGCCAAAGUUGUCUUUGCCGAUUGUCGUGUCGCUACGGUUGACAAUUUGUAUCAGGCGCCACUCACCCGGCAGCCGAGAGUAGAGGAACCACUCGAACAACUCAAUCCACACUUGAAAUCAAUCUAUUCGAGUACUUCAACGAUUGAACGUGCCACCGAUAUACUUACAUCGGUUGCCAAGGCAUUCCUUCAGUCGCUAGAGUAUUCGAUGCUCUACGGUGGACCAACGCGAAUUUUCAACACUGGCGAAACUCAGUGGAUCGAAGCUGACCUAGAGUCGAUCAAAGAUUACUUUUUGGAUCGUGACGAACAAGGAAACUCCAAUGGUGUACCGGAGCGCACCUACGAUCAAAUAGCGGGUGGUAUCACAAAGGUUUGUCAUCUACUGAUGGAUCAACCCAGUGAGAUACUGGUCGAGCAUGAUAGUUCAAAAGAAGUUAAAUUGGGAGCUGAAAAUGCUUCUCAAAUAAUUAGAAGCGGUGCAUUAGAAGCAUCUACAAUUUUAGCACAAGGCCAUGUUGAAGCAUCAAAGAGUAUUGCAUUCUCUAUUUCGGAACUUACAUCAAGUCUUCGAUACCUUGGAGACACUGGAAAGGAAGCUAUAGAUCGAUGCACUGACCCUAUCAAUAACCUUGUACAAACUGCAAGAAAAAGUUCGAUUGAACUCAAUACAAGUUGCAGUCAAUUCAAUCGAAUCAUCUCUGAUACUCCCAGAAAGUUUGCUGUUUGGUCAAUCCUUCCUAUUUUUGUGGUGUACAUCUUAUUUGCAUCCAAGGUGGAUCAAGAUUUAGUAAUAGCAUUACUUUUGGAAAAUUGGCAAAUAUUUUUAGCUACUUCGAUCUUGGAAGCUCAACAUUUAGUUAUUAGGAAUAAUCAACGACAACAUGUGUGGGCUAUGAAUGGAGAUUUACCAUCUGGUCCUCCUAAUUGGUUAAAAAUGAAUAAUAAUUUAAUGUAUUGGGUACCUGUUGCCUUGGGUACUGCAACAUUAGUAUGGGCAUACAAGAAUAACUACUUACCAGGUCAAAAGAAAUCAUCGGACGAUCAAAACAAGCAGAGUGACUCUGUCAUUAGAAUUGCUAAAUUGAUUAUCUAUCCAAGUAUUGAAUUAAAGAGAGUAAAUAUCGAUAAGCUGGGAUUCGAAAACGAUAGAAGAUGGAUGAUCUGUGUCGAUGGAAGAUUCAUUACACAGAGAACACACCCAAAGCUAGCUCUCAUCGCACCGGCUAUCGAUGGUGACGUCUUGGUAGUGCGUGCACCCAACAUGCCAGAGUUGCGUGUACCAAUGACCAGUGAUAGCGCCACCUCUGAAGUGGUCGUCUGGAAAGACACUGUAAAGGCUCACGACAGCGGUGACGAAGCAGCGGAAUGGCUAUCAAAGUUCUUGGAGUUGCAAAACGUGCGAUUGGUACAGGUCAGCUCGGAACACCGCCGUCACAUCAAAGAGAAGUACGCGCAGGUGGCAUUCCAACAUCAACCGACACCGGAGGAGGUCGAGCGCUAUCAAUAUGCAUUCUGCGAUGCCAGUCAGGUGAUGAUUCUCAGUCAGGCAUCGAUUGACGAUAUCAACGCGCGUAUCGAUGAGACCAGACGCGCCAAGUCGGAACCAAAGCAGCGUCCAAUGGACGAGAGACGUUACCGUCCCAACGUUCUACUCGUUGGUACCGGUGCUUGGGAAGAAGAUCGUUGGCGUACCAUUCGUAUCGGUGGAAACAUCAUUCGUCAGGUUGACCGUACCGGUAGAUGUAAAUUCACAACGAUCGAUCCAGACAGCGCAGUGAUCGAUCCCUACGGAGAUAACGAACCACUCAGAACACUCAAUCAAUAUCGUGUUGGAAAAGAUAAAGAUAAGAAUGUCUACGUUGGAAUAUUAACUGUUUUGGAUGAACAUACCGGUGAAUUAUGUGUUGGUGACAGAGUUGAUGUUAUUGAUAAAUUCUAA